CAAUUUGUGAAUAGAUACACUUUCAAAACCAUGCAAUAAAAAACAUUUUUAACUAUUUAGAACAAAAAUUUUCAAGAACCACGUAUGAUUCAGAUUGGAGCAAGUCUGAGUCUUCGACCUGUUGAGUAAGAAGUAGUAGCAAAGAAGAGAAAUGGAGAGAGAACACCAAAACCAAAGUUCACCUCUUCAGUCACCAUUGAUUCAGCACUCAAACUCAGGGCAAGAUGGACUCGUAGUUAAAGAAAAGCAAAGAAGUUGGAGGGGAAUUGUGCGAAGUGAAGUUGUUGAAGAAGUGAAAAAACAGCUAUGGCUUGCAGGGCCUUUGAUUUCAGUGACCCUUUUAAAUUAUUCUCUAACUGUUAUAUCUGUCAUGUUUGUGGGGCAUCUAGGCGAGUUGGCUCUUUCUGGUGCUUCCAUGGCCACUUCUUUUGCCAGUGUCACAGGUUUCAGUUUAUUGUUAGGAAUGGCAAGUGCCUUGGACACCUUUUGUGGGCAGGCAUAUGGAGCAAAGCAGUAUAAGAUGUUAGGCAUACACAUGCAGAGAGCCAUGUUGAUUCUCAUGAUUGUCAGCAUUCCACUUGCAGUUAUUUGGGCAAACACAGGGUCCAUUCUUGUUUUCCUUGGCCAGGAUCAUGAAAUAGCUGCAGAAGCUGGGAGCUUUGCUAGGUUUAUGCUUCCAAGCCUUUUUGCCUAUGGCCUUCUACAAUGCCUCAACAGAUUUUUACAAACCCAAAAUAUUGUAUUUCCAAUGAUGUGCAGCUCCGGAAUUACCACAUUACUGCAUGUGCUUUUGUGUUGGUUUAUGGUAUUCAAGUCUGGACUUGGACAUAAAGGAGCUGCACUAGCAAAUUCUAUAUCUUUGUGGUUGAAUGUUACUUUACUCUCACUCUAUGUCAAGUUUUCUCCUUCAUGUGCAAAAUCUUGGACAGGCUUUUCCAAAGAGGCACUGCAUGACAUUCCCACAUUCGUGAGGCUUGCCAUUCCUUCGGCUGUUAUGGUUUGCUUGGAAAUGUGGUCAUUUGAAAUGAUGGUUCUCCUUUCUGGUCUUCUUCCAAAUCCAAAGUUGGAAACAUCAGUGCUUUCCAUCUGCUUGAAUACUGCAGCAGUUGUUUGGAUGAUCCCUUUUGGACUCAGUGGAGCAGGAAGCAUUCGUGUCUCCAAUGAACUUGGAGCUGGUCGUCCUUGGACUGCACGUUUAGCAGUGUGUGUUGUCUUAGUAAUGGCCAUUAUUGAGGGCAUCUUAGUUGGAACAUUGAUGAUACUUGUGCGCAAUAUCUGGGGCUAUGCAUAUAGCAAUGAAGUAGAAGUAGUCAAAUAUGUAGCAACUAUGUUCCCAAUUCUUGCAGCAUCCAACUUUCUGGAUGGACUCCAAUGUGUUCUUUCAGGCACUGCUAGAGGAUGUGGUUGGCAGAAAAUCGGUGCAUUUGUCAAUUUGGGGUCAUACUAUUUAGUUGGGAUUCCAUCAGCUAUUGUGUUUGCUUUUGUAUUGCAUAUUGGUGGGAAGGGGCUCUGGUUGGGGAUCAUAUGUGCACUCAUUGUUCAAGUGUGCUCUUUAACGAUCAUUACUAUUCGCACUGAUUGGGAGCAAGAGGCAAAGAAAGCUACAGAUAGAGUCUAUAAUUCAGUAACAUCAGAGAGCUUGGUCUCAUGAAGGCACAAUAUCUUUGCAGUUGUUCAUUCUGAGUUAAAAGCAAUAGAAGUUUGGUAUUUUACUUUUGGCAGAAAAGUUCUAGGGGCAAUUAUGUGUGGCCGAAAGAUAAUAGAUGAUGCACUUGGCCUUUGGAAGUGAAGAAUGUGGUAUUUAUUUUGUUUUCUAUGUAUUGGUAGGGAAUUUCCCAAUGUUUUGUGGAGGGAAAAGAAAAAAUGUGAAAUUUACAUAGUUAUUUUUCAGUUUUGUUCAUGGCCCCAGUGACUCCAUGAUUGGUUUAAUUACGGGGGUAAUUUAGUGACAGUAAACUUAUUGUCUCACUAAUUAGUUUUUAGUAUUUUUAUAUAAACUUGUAUUUUAAUUAUUUUGUA